AUGUCAUCUGGGCGGAAAGAUUUUCUGAGCCAGCCUGCUCCAGAGAACUAUGUAGCCGGUUUAGGUCGAGGUGCGACAGGUUUCACCACUCGUUCGGACCUUGGACCCGCGCGCGAAGGCCCUACACCAGAGCAAAUCCAAGCUGCUCUCACAAAGCGAGCGCAACUUCUUGGGGCUGCUCCUCCGACGGCAUAUGGCGGUGGGCGAGAGAAGGGUGGAAAAGAGGAAAAGGCAGAGGAGGAGGAAGACGAGCGUUUCCAAGAUCCCGAUAAUGAGAUUGGCCUUUUUGCCUAUGGUCAGUUCGAUCAGGAGGAUGACGAGGCAGAUCGUAUCUACAGAGAAGUAGAUGAGAAGAUGGAUAAGAGGCGCAGAGCACGAAGGGAAGCUCGGGAAGUCGAAGAAAGAGAUGAAUACGAAAGAAAGAACCCAAAAAUCCAACAGCAGUUCGCCGAUUUGAAACGAUCUCUAGCAGCUGUCUCCGAAGACGAAUGGGCUAACCUUCCUGAGGUUGGGGACCUCACGGGGAAAAAUCGCCGCGCGAAACAAAAUCUUCGACAGAGAUUCUACGCUGUUCCAGAUAGUGUUCUUGCAAGCGCCAGAGACUCGACACAGUUCGAAACGACCAUAGCCGAAGAUGGCACUCAAACUGAGCCCGCCAAUCAGGGAGUUGGAGACGGAACAAUGACGAACUUCGCGGAUAUCGGUGCUGCCCGUGAUAAAGUUCUUAAAGUCAGACUUGACCAAGCCGCCUUGGGCUCAUCUGGCGAUGCGGCCUCGGGCAGCUCCACGAGUAUUGACCCGAAAGGCUAUCUUACCAGUCUGACGCAAUCAGAGUUGAAAGCUGGUGAGGUAGAGAUCGGCGAUGUGAAGCGAGCACGUGUUCUUUUAGAGUCAGUCACCAAAACGAAUCCGAAACACGCCCCAGGAUGGAUUGCGCUCGCGCGCUUAGAAGAGAUUGCAGGAAAGAUAGUUGCUGCAAGAAACGUCAUCGCCAGAGGCUGUGAGCUCUGCUCGAAAAGUGAAGACGCAUGGCUAGAAAAUAUUCGCCUCAACGAAGGUCAUAAUGCCAAAGUGAUUGCCGCCAAUGCGAUCAAAAACAAUGAUCGAUCGACCCGAUUGUGGAUUGAAGCCAUGAGACUGGAAACAGACACCCGCGCCAAGAAGAACGUUUUGAGGCAGGCGAUUCUUCAUAUCCCUCAAUCAGUCGUCAUUUGGAAAGAGGCCGUCAAUUUGGAGGAAGACCCAGCCGAUGCGCGGUUGCUCCUUGCAAAGGCAACUGAGAUGAUACCGUUGUCCGUAGAGUUAUGGCUUGCCCUUGCUCGUUUGGAAACCCCGGAAAAGGCUCAGAAAGUCCUCAACUUGGCGAGAAAGGCCGUCCCAACCAGUCAUGAGAUUUGGAUCGCUGCCUCGCGAUUACAAGAGCAGAUGGGUACAUUCGAGAAAGUGAACGUGAUGAAAAGAGCGGUACAAUCACUCGCACGCGAAAAUGCCAUGCUUAAGAGAGAGGAAUGGAUCACAGAAGCCGAGAAAUGCGAGGAAGAAGGUGCCAUACUCACAUGUGGUGCAAUUGUUCGAGAAACUCUCGGCUGGGGCCUCGAUGAGGACGAUGAUCGUAAGGAUAUCUGGAUGGAUGAUGCAAAGGCCAGCAUUGCCCGCGGAAAAUACGAGACGGCACGAGCCAUUUAUGCUUAUGCGCUGCGCGUGUUUGUUAAUCGGAAGUCGAUCUGGAUCGCUGCAGCCGACCUAGAACGUAUCCAUGGUACAAAGGAAGCCCUAUGGCAGGUCCUGGAGAAAGCUGUGGAAGCUUGUCCUCAGAGUGAGGAGUUAUGGUUGCAGCUUGCCAAAGAGAAGUGGCAAUCUGGAGAAAUUGACGAUGCUAGACGAGUGCUCGGUCGUGCGUUCAACCAGAACCCCAACAACGAGGAUAUCUGGCUUGCUGCUGUCAAGCUGGAGGCGGAUGCCAAGCAAACAGACCAAGCGAGGGAACUCCUUGCUACAGCUCGCCGUGAAGCAGGAACGGAUCGUGUUUGGAUCAAGAGUGUGUCGUUUGAGCGACAGCUCGGCAACAUUGACGAAGCUCUUGAUCUUGUCAACCAAGGCCUCCAACUAUACCCGAAAGCCGAUAAGCUUUUCAUGAUGAAAGGUCAAAUAUACGAAUCGCAAAACAAGUUCCCGCAAGCCCGCGAAGCUUUUGGGAUCGGUACUCGAGCGUGUCCGAAGUCUGUUCCUCUCUGGCUACUUGCCUCUAGGCUCGAAGAAAAGGCUGGGGCAGUCGUUCGAGCGCGUUCGAUCCUUGAUCGGGCUCGCUUGGCCGUUCCCAAGAACGCCGAAUUAUGGACAGAAAGUGUCAGAGUGGAGAGACGCGCCCAAAAUAUUGCCCAGGCUAAGGUCUUGAUGGCAAGAGCUCUGCAGGAAGUCCCGACCUCCGGGCUUCUGUGGAGUGAAAGCAUCUGGUAUCUUGAGCCUCGGGCGCAGCGCAAGGCUCGCAGUCUGGAAGCGAUCAAGAAGGUGGACAAUGACCCUAUCCUGUUCAUUACCGUGGCCCGGAUUUUUUGGGGAGAACGUCGACUCGAGAAGGCCAUGACAUGGUUCGAAAAGGCGAUUAUCUCGGACAGUGACCUUGGCGAUGCUUGGGCCUGGUACUACAAAUUCCUGUUGCAACAUGGCACAGAGGAAAAACGAUCCGACGUGAUUUCCAAAUGUAUCUCUACCGAACCGAAGCAUGGCGAAGUCUGGCAGUCCGUUGCCAAAGAUCCUGCUAACGCGCACUUGUCCACGGAAGAAAUAUUAAAACUGGUUGCUAACCAGCUUGUCCAGUGAUGUAUUUAUUAAUUGAUGUAUGAAUGUUUCUAUUAUUGCCUGGUGUUAAAGAUAUUCAAGUUCAGUGACCCCAAUCCGAUUUUGCAAUGAUAGAAAGAGACGUCGCACCUCACCUUCCUCUCUGUAAAUCUUUAAUUGUCUUAUUAACUCUGGGCUGCUAUCAAGUCAUAAACGGUGGUUAUCAUAGUCUCCGCAAAGUGCUCGUCAACAAGAGCAAUGUUGCUGCAAUGAACAGGACUCGAGCGAACACCAAAGGAACACUUCGAAGAUGAGAUGUCGGGGAUUGCAUGCCUACUUCCCUAUUAAUUAGGGAGCGUCAUCCUCUUUUCCUUUGGCUCUUCAACCGCGCAACUGCUGGCUACAACACCCAAUAAUCUUUUUACGGCCUAUCUCUUCGCGUUUAAGAACACCUAUUCUCGACCAAUAAGUCCGAAUUUUCAAGUCUCAAUGACCAAGAUAUACUUUUAUAUGGAC